AUGGCAUCCAAAUUUGAGACUGCAGUCAAGAUUGUUCAGGAGCUCCCCAAGGAUGGCCCAGUCCAGCCAUCUCAGGAAGACAAGCUCAAGUUCUACGCUUUGUACAAGACUGCUACUGUCGGUGUCGUAAACACUACUCGCCCCACUGGGCUGCUCGACUUUGCUGGGAAAGCCAAGUGGGACGCGUGGAAGGCAGAGGAGACCACCUCAAAGGAGGAUGCAGAGAAGGAGUAUGUGGAGAGAUUAAUCGCUAUUCUCAAGAAGACGGAUACCGAGGAAUCAAACGCCCUUCUCGCUCAGCUCCAGUAA